AUGAAGCCGUCACUUCCAUAUGACUUCUCCACCCUCUCCAUUUGGCAUCGCACAACACGAUCAUUCCCAUACCUCCAUUCGAAUCAUCUCGCCGAUGUCCCAGCUUCUGCCAAAUACCUGAUUAUCGGUUCUGGUAUUUCAGGUGUCUUGACUGCCUGGAAUCUCGUUGAGAGCGGGAUCAAGGGCGAUGAUAUCUUGAUCAUUGAGGCUCGAGAAGCUGUUUCGGGCGCCAGUGCAAGGAAUGCCGGUCACAUUCGACCCGAUGCUUUCCGUGGUUUCCCCGGCUACACUGCGUUUCAUGGACCAGAACAGGCUCGGAAGAUCCUGGAGAACGAGAGAGGGGUGUUGGACGAUAUUAAAGAAUUUGUGCAUGUCCACAAUAUCGACUGUGAUUUCAAUCUGACAACGACCUUUGAGGUUUGCUUUUCCGAAAAAUUUGUCACUGAAGCAGCCGACGCCCUAGAAGCAUAUAAGCGCGCCGGCGGGGAUGUGACCCAGGUAAAAUUCUACAAAGGCGAUGAAGCGAAAGCGAGAACCCGAGUUGCAGGCACGUUAUGCGCCUACGAGUGGACUGCUGCAUCCAAUCAUCCAGGCAAAUUGGUUCAAUGGAUUUUGAACGACGCCAUCAGCAAAGGUGUCAAACUAUGGACCCAUUGCCCAGUGACGAAAGUGGUCAAGCACCGGAGCACUGGAGAUCAGUUCCGAUGGGACGUCCACACUCCCCGUGGAAUUGUCGCAACUGAGACCGUCAUCCAUUGCACAAAUGCAUACGCAGCCUACCUGGUACCGGAAUUAAGCCAUUUCAUCACACCAAAUCGCGCCCAGUCUCACGCGUUCAUCCCGCGGCAUUCUCUUUCUGGAGAAAACACGUUGAAAAGCACAAUGGCUCUCAGAUACGACGUUGGAAGUUUCUUCUCUGUGAACCCAUUGCGCAAUGGUACCAUCAUAUUCGGUGGGACGGGGAUCAGGAGUCUUUCUGAGAAUCCUGAAGGACCAUCUGGGUUCAUGAAUACCUUUGAUGAUACCACAUAUAGUGAGCUGAUUGCAGAGAAUGCGAAAAGGGAGUUUAAUGACCUAUCUCGGGAGCCACAAGCCGUUCCCCUACGACACGGUGAAGGUUUAGAUCAUGUCUGGACCGGAAUUAUUGGAAUGACCCCCGACAGUGUACCUUUGGUCGGUCCCAUCGAGGGUCUCGAGGGUCAGUGGAUAUGUGCUGCCUUCAACGGUCACGGGAUGGCGGGUAUCUUCAGGUGCGCGCCCGGCUUGGUCAAGCUCAUCUUUGGCAAACCCUGGCACGAUACCGGUCUUCCCGAAUGCUUCCAGAUUAGUAAAGAGAGAAUCGAGAGGUUCAAGGAGCCUACCGAGAGUUCUCUUUAA